AUGAACAAGGAAGACGAUAGAGACGUCACAGGAGUAGGGAAAAGUGAUCCCGCAGAGAACAGAAGCAGGCAAAAGAGGGCCAGAGGAGGAGAAGGGCGGGGAGAAAAGAGGGAUCAGAGCCCUGAGGAGAUCUUGGAGUUAUCGAGAUCUUUGAGGAAAAGAAUGCAGAGGAUCUUGAGGGAAGACAAUGCAAACAAUCAGAAAGGGCUUCCAGCAAUUGGGAAGAUGGAAAGCGUUGAGGAGAUAUCAGACAUCUUAAUGAAUAAGGGGUUACAGGAAAGCCUUUUGGAUGAGGGCAUCCUUAACGAAAUCAAAGGAUGGCUGGAGCCUCUCCCCGACAAAUCCAUGCCCAACAUAAAAGUUAAAAAGAGACUUCUGGAUGUACUCAAGAACAUGAGGAUUCAUAAGGAACACUUGGUCACGAGUGGAGUGGGGAAGAUUGUUUAUUUCUACACCAUAAACCCCAAGGAAGCAAAGGAGAUAAAAUCGAUGGCAAAAACACUCGUACAGAAGUGGACCAGUGAGAUCUUCAAGCCAGAGAAUGACGAUUGA